AUGGAUCCCUUUUCCAUACACUCUCCCGGGUUUAUUGACCUAUUAGCUUCGCAGAGCAGUCCAGCAAUAGACCUGAACUAUGCUGAGGCAGUAGGUAACUCUCUCGGGUUAGUUAAACUGUUGCAAAAGAGAAAGUGGUCAACAAAAGAAGACCUUGUGCUCAUCAGUGGUUGGUUGAACACCAGCAAGGAUCCUAUUGUCAGUAACGAGCAGAAGGGAGGAUGCUUUUGGAAGAGAAUAGAGGAGUACUUCAAUUCAAGCCCUCAGCUCACUGGCUGCGUGUGCAAGUUUGUGGGAUGCUAUGAGACGGUUUUGAAGGAGCAAGCUAGUGGCCAAAAUGAGAAUGAUGUCAUGAAGGCUGCCCAUGACAUCUUCUUCAAUGAUUACCAGGUCAAGUUCACCAUGGAACACUGUUGGAGGGAACUGAGAUAUGAUCAGAAAUGGAAGUCAUUUUCGAAGUCCAGAGAUGGUGCGAAGGAGAAAAGGAAGGAAGGUGAAAAGGUGAUGCCUGAGGAGGAGGUUAGGCCGCAUGGUGUUAAGGCUUGCAAAGCAACCAAACGCAUGAGGCACGGGAAUGAAGCAGCUUUCGAUCAAAUAGAGAGCAUUCUCGCUGCGAAACAGAAAAUAUCCCAACAGAAACUCCUUGAUAGUCUCCUUGCAAAAAACGACAAUGAUCUAUCUCCUAACGAAAUCACUCUGAAAAACAAACUCAUUUGUGAAAUGCUUGAUUGA